CUGUUCUGAGCGUUGUCUACUUCCACUCAAGUAUGGCCUCGUCAGAAAACUACCAGGUCUUCCGCGAAUGCCUCUCCUCCGCCAUGGUGGAGAAAUUCUCCGCCCCGGCGCAGCCCAAGAAAGCCCGGCGCAGUCGCGGGGCCGUGUCGCAGCGGCGCAAGCAGGUCUCGACCCCUGAAGCGGACGACCAGUCUCUGCCUGACCGGGCAAGUCCGGAGGAGUUGGCGGAGUUUGUUGAUGUACGUUCUGCUACAUAUUCUGAGAGGGGUCGCAUAUACACUUACGAAACCUUCCCCGCCCUCCCCCCAUCCCUCCAAACGCUGACCUACACCCCUCCCCCACCGCAACCACCACCAACAAGCACCAAAGAUAACAAAUCCACAACCACCUCCACAACCCUCACAGACGACAACAACAACAACAACCAGAACGACGGCGACGACACAACAGACCCCCGCACCCUCGCCGAAACCCUCUGCACCACCACCCUCCCCGCCUCCGUCCACGACACCCUAACCACCUACGCCCUCCUCCCACCCACCCCGAACAACGCCAAAUCCAACCAGAACCCAGCGCAAGAAACAGCCACAGAAUCUCUCAUCUCCUUCUUCACCCCCAUCCUGACCGACUACAUCACCAGCGUCACAAAACCCCCGCCCGUCUGGGCGAGCACCCGCACCGAGGCGUGCGAGAUCUGCGCCCGCGACUGGAUCCCCCUCUCCUACCACCACCUCAUCCCGCGCAGCGUGCACGCCAAGGUCCUGAAAAAGGGGUGGCAUCCCGAGUGGAUGCUGAAUAGUGUGGCGUGGUUGUGUCGCGCGUGCCAUAGCUUUGUGCAUCGCAUGGCGGGGAAUGAGGAGUUGGCGCGCGAGUAUUUUACCGUGGACAGGAUUCUGGAGAGGGAGGAUGUGAGGGUUUGGGCGAAUUGGGUGGGGAGGGUGAGGUGGAAGGCGAGAUGA